AUGGAAAAUUUCUGUUUUAUACCUCCUGCCAUAGCAUCCCCCAGGGAAACCCGAGACGACAAAGUCAGCCGCGCUGAUGAGGACCCCUCCGACCCAAGUGAAGGCAGGAACAUGCAAAAGGGUAGCAGGGGCAGUCUACCUCAUGCCCCUAAGGAGAAGGUGGAACUGCUAGCUACGGCUGAAAUUCCUUUGCAUGAUGGGGCGCGAGAAGGGUAUGCUGAGAGUUCAGAGGAUGAACAAGCCAAGCCAUUAGGAUUCUGGAGCCGAUGCCUCCAUUCUUGUGUUGGCAGAGGGGAGAGAAGCAGAAACGGAUGCAGAAUGUUCCGCUGGAAGGCCUCGAAGAGGAAUGCUGACCCGCAGAAAAUUAACCCCCCUACAAACCUCAUUCCCUUUCUACCACCUCAGCUCUUCAAAGAUAGGGGGAAAAAGACUCUAGUAGUAGACCUAGAUGAGACUCUCGUACGCAGCACUUUCAAACGACCCUCCAGGUACACCUUUGUGGUUAAGAAAGGCGAUGAAUUCACAGAUUUUGCUAUUAACGGCCACCAAAAGGAUGCAUGGGUAUUUAUGGAGUGGCUUGCCCUCUUUCUAGACGAAGUAUCGAAGUGGUUUGAACUAGUCAUCUUCACAGCAUCUGUUGGCAUGUACGCGGAUCUGGUUGUCGACAAAAUAGACCCCAAGAAUCGCUUCACUUGGAGGCUGUAUAGAGAAUACUGCACGUAUUUGAACGGCACUUACGUAAAGGAUUUGUCUCUUCUGGGCCGAGACCUUUGCAAUGUGAUCAUCGUGGACAACUCCACGCAAGCGUACUUGUGGCACGCUGAAAAUGCUAUUCCCAUCACGAGCUGGAUCGAUGAUCCUCACGAUACAGAGCUUAUCGAUAUAAUACCCAUAUUGUCCUCCCUUGCAAUGGUCAAGGAUAUAAGGCCUGUUAUCCGCGACGCUCUGCUUAAUUUGGGUUAG